AUGCGCCGAUUUUGGUCUUGGCUAAAGAUCAACGUUUUUUGGGUUUUCGAUUUGUGCUGCCCAUCCGAGAAAAGCGAUCUCAACAGCAAGGACACCGAUGUUGAAAGCACGAUGUCAGCCGGGGGAAAGAAAAGCACCACAGCGACGCCGAAUGCUGCCUCCUUAGUGCACAAAGUAAUCAUGGUGGGAAGUGGUGGCGUCGGAAAGUCUGCACUAACGCUCCAGUUUAUGUAUGAUGAGUUUGUCGAAGAAUACGAGCCGACGAAAGCCGAUUCGUAUCGCAAGAAAGUGGUGCUAGACGGAGAGGAAUGCUCGAUUGAUAUUUUGGACACAGCGGGCCAAGAAGACUACUCAGCAAUCAGAGACAACUAUUAUCGGAGUGGCGAGGGUUUCAUUUGCGUUUUCUCCAUCACCGAUGCCGAUUCUUUUGAUGCAACAAAUGAAUUUAGAGAGCAAAUCCUUCGUGUCAAAAACAACGACACCAGCGUUCCGAUUGUGCUUGUUGGAAAUAAGGGUGAUCUUGCUGAUAGCCGUGUCAUUUCUCUGGCGCAAGCUCAAGCUCGAGCCGAACAAUGGAAUGCGCAUUAUGUGGAAACAUCCGCCAAAACACACAACAAUGUUGACAGGGUAUUCUACGAUUUGAUGCGGGAAAUUAAACGCCGAAAGGUCGGAUUUGUGCCAUCCAACUCGACGAAUCCUGAACGUGGCGAAAAAAAGAAGAAAGGCCUCAAGAAAGCAUGCACCAUUAUC